GGUUCUGAUCACACCUUUCUCACCCUCGGUGCUUACACUGGUACUACUGUAGUACAUGCAAGAUCGUGGAGAGGCAAAAAAGAUGAUGUCACUAGAAGCUUAGGUUGUGCCCACAUCUUUGGCUAGCUAGCUUCUUCCAGAGAGAGGCAAAGGAGAUACAUAGGCCUAGCUAGGUGGUGUGUGUCUUCUUCAUUCCGUUCCAUGAGCUUAUGAGUGCAACCUUCCAAGAGAGAGUUGUGAGUUUGUGUGCCUAGCUAGCUAUAGCCCUACUGAUUGAUUCUUGUGCCAUUACAUCGAUCAUGCAAGACCAAGCUAAUUCCACGAGCCCUAGGCAGAGCCUCUGCACAGUUGAAGGCCCCAUCAUCGUCGGCGCCGGUCCGUCAGGCCUCGCCGUCGCCGCCACUCUCCGGAAGCACUCGGUGCCCUUCACCAUCCUCGAGCGCUCCGACGACAUCGCCGACCUCUGGACCAACCGCACCUAUGGCCGCCUCCGUCUGCACCUCCCAAAGGUCUUCUGCGAGCUUCCCCAUGUUCGCUUCCCUCCCGACUUCCCCGCCUACCCGAGCAAGCAUGACUUCCUCCGCUACCUCCACUCUUACGCCGACCACUUCUCCAUCUCGCCGCUGUUCGGCCGCACCGUGACACAGGCUCGGUUCGACGCGGCCACGUCGCUGUGGCAUGUCACCGCGGUGGUGGAGGGCGGCGAGGUGACGGAGUACGUGUCGAGGUGGCUAGUGGUGGCCAGCGGGGAGAAUGCCGAGGUCGUGGUGCCGAGGGUGAAGGGGAGGGAGAGGUUUGCCGGGGAGGUGCUGCACUCCAGCGAGUACAAGAGCGGCGAGAGGUUCAAGGGCAAGAGGGUGCUGGUUGUGGGUUGUGGCAACUCCGGGAUGGAGAUGUGCUUGGACCUUUGCGAGCACGGUGCAAUCCCUUUCAUGUCUGUUAGGAGUGGGGUGCAUGUUUUGCCAAGAGAGAUGCUUGGAAGCUCAACAUUUGGCAUAGCCAUGAAUCUUCUUAGAUGGCUGCCGGUAAACCUGGUGGAUCGAUUCCUCCUGCUCGUUGCAAAGAUGAUCCUUGGAGAGACCGAAAAGUACGGUCUGAAGAGGCCCAAGCUGGGGCCUUUGGAGAUCAAGGGCGUCACCGGGAAGAGCCCUGUUCUGGACGUGGGAGCAUGGUCCUUGAUCAAAUCUGGAGACAUCAAGGUGGUGGCAGAGGUGGAGUCACUGGGGUGCAACGGGGCAAGGUUCGUGGACGGAAACGACAUGGCCUUGGAUGCCGUCAUCUUCGCCACCGGCUACAGAAGCAACGUCCCGUCCUGGCUCCAGGACGGCGAGUUCUUCAGGGAGGACGGCAAGCCGAGAUUGCGCAGCCCCAGCAACUGGAGAGGCCCCAACGGGCUGUACUGCGUCGGGUUCACCGGCCAGGGCUUGCUCGGCGCCGGCAAGGACGCGCUGAGGGCCGCCUCCGACAUCGCCGGGAGGUGGCAGGAGGAGAUGGUGGCAGUAGCAGCGCCUGGAGCGGCCACGAUCUCCCCAGUGUGAUACACAGGGCGGUGCUGCUGCACCCCGCUAUGCAUGUAGCUGGAGGGGGACUGGUGCGAGCAGCUGCUGAUGAUGGCGCUGUUCACCGCAGCAGUGGCAGCACAUAUGUAGAUGGGAGAGGAAGAAGAGGUGUGUGUUAGUGUGUAUGUGCAGUGGCCUCAGGGAGGACUGUGACAAAAUUUUGAAUAGGAAGUCGC